AGCUGAACAAAGUUGACAUAAUUGUUUUAACUAAACAUAAUUUUACUAAUUGUCGGUUGUAUUGUUUUUAAAUUGACUUCCAAAUACAAUUAAAUCGGAAAAAGUUUACAAAAAUGUUGAAUUCAAACGUUUCUAUACCACUAUUUUUCAUAAUUUUUUUAUUGGCCGUAAACGGCCAUAGUUACCAUGACAAAUAUCGUCUUCAAGUACAUUAUUCAAUUGAAUCGGGAUGGGGGAAUGAUCCAAAUGGAUUGAUUUAUGCUGGUGGAUAUUAUCAUCUAUUUUAUCAACAUGAUCCAAACGAGACUGUAUUCAUAGACCGAAUUAGGUGGGGCCAUGCUCGAUCAAAAGACUUAAUUCAUUGGGAGACUAUGCCAAUUGCCAUUGAUAUGUACAAUGAUAACUCAAUUUACAGUGGAUGCUGCAUUAGUGAUACGAAUAAUGUUACCGGAUUUGCAAAAAAUCAAACAGAACCACCACUCAUUGCAAUAUAUACGCUCAACAAAUCAAACGAGAAAAUAAGUCAAAGACAAGCAAUUUCAUACUCUUUGGACGAUGGAAUGACAUGGACACAAUAUGUUAAUAAUCCAAUCAUUCCAAAUCCGGGAGUGGCCGAUUUUCGUGAUCCAAACGUUUUUCACCGUGAUGGAAAGUUUUACAUGACUUUAACCGUUGGUGAUCGAAUUCGAUUUUUCUCUAGCGUCGAUCUUAAAAUAUGGCAUUUCGAAUCGGACUUUGGAGUAAAUCCUGACGCAGGUGAUAAAUCGGGUGUUUGGGAAUGUCCAUCAAUAAUUACAUUGAAAGAUGAACAAGGCUACGUACAUGACAUUUUGAUUGUUUCGGAAAAUGGACUAUCAAGCGGCAGUAUGACACAAUAUUUCGUUGGAAAAUUUAAUGGAACUCAUUUUAUUAAUUAUAAUCAAUCAAAAUUACUGUGGUUUGAUGAUGGCUUUGACAAUUACGCAACUAUAUCAUUUAACAAUAAUCCGUUUGAUGACACUAUUAUGAUUGGUUGGAUGUCGAACUGGUUGUAUGCAAAUAAUACGCCAACGUCAACAUGGCGUGGCCAGUAUACAAUUCCACGUAAAGUGACACUUAAGACUGUCGAUGAAAAACUUUAUCUCGCUCAACGUCCGAUUGACGAACUAAAUAACAUAAUUGAUUCAUCGAAAUGUUGGUCAUUGUCACAACCAACGAAACUAAGCGGCUAUCAAAUACUUGAUUUAACCGAACGAAUUCCAUUUGAACUGGGACCAGCUUACACACUUGAAUUUGAAUACGAUAUUGAACAUGUCACGAUGGGCGAAUUAGGCAUAAAAUUCAGCAAUAGUUUUGACGAAUUCAUAUCGUAUAGUUUCGAUUUAAAAAACAAGACGUUUGAAUUUGAUCGUAGAAAAUCUGGGAAUGUUUCAUUUAGUCCACGUUUUGCCAAUACGACCGUUUUUAAACGUAUCAGCAACAGCAAUAUAUUAUCUGCAAAGCUCAUCUUGGAUACAACAUCAAUUGAAAAAUUUAUCGACGAUGGUUUGAAUACAUUCACUGCAAUAUUCUUUCCAACUGAACCAUACAAUAAAAUUCAAUUAUUUGCUGCUUUUGAAAAUGCACGAGAAUCAGCGAUCAUUUCAACGUUAAGCGUAUCAAAAUUGAAGAGUAUUUGGUCAGAGUCAUAGUUUAAAUCACAUUCAGUGUUCUACAAAACCAUUUUAUCCUUGAGUCAUUUUCUAUAUAAAUCCAAAGAUAAUAACGAUAGCAAAUAAUAUUUUGGCACGAUUUUAGCAUAUAAUGAUUAAUGUAGACACAGUCAAAGUUUUUAUCGUAUCAAAAGUCAAAACAAUUGUUUUUUUGAAAAUUUAAAAUAAAUUUGAACUAUGAUAAGAAGUAUUGAAUACUGAUAUUCGGUUGGUUAUGCCGUUUAGAUUAAUCAAAUAAUUGCCAAUCUCUCAUUAAAAAUGUUGAAAUGAAUAUUUUUAAAUUGUUUAUAAUAAGCACUUUUGUAGAUACUUUUAUAGAAGAAUAAAUUCAAAUGAAAAAUA